UUCGACUGGCGGUGUUUACCUGCCCCUGCGCGGGGUGCUGCUGCCGGGGCCCCGGUACCGGCCUCUUGCCUCGGGCUGUGUGAACACAUGAAUAAAAGAAGAAAAUUUCUUCUUGCCUCAGUUCUUGCUCUCCAAAAUUCGAGUUUUCUAUAUCCUUCAUGUGAAAAGUGCUUCUCUCGGAUAAUCCUAGUCUCCACAAGGUCUAAAUGUCCAAAAUGUGGCUCUACUGGUGAAGCUGAAAAUGUCAGUUACAGAUACAAACUUUCCUUAAAAAUUGCAGAGUCAAACAGAUUAUUUGACAUUACUGUAUUUGGAAGCUGCUUAGAUACAUUUUUUGGUCUUACAGCCACUGGUUUAUACAGGUACCUGCAGGAUCCUAAUGAAAUUCCAGGAACACUGGACAGCGACACAACUCAGAACCUAUUAACUAAAGCUGUAGAAACUUGCUUUGUUGGACAAUGCUUUAUUUUUGGAGUGACGAAUUUUGAAAGCCACCAUGGACAAGGUCCAGAUACUAGUAAUUUCUUAAAGCACUCCCUUGACCUUAAGAGAGAAGUUAAAGCACUGGUAGCUUGCCAGAUUCUUCUACCAGACCCAGGUGUUACAGGUUUCACUGUCAUUGAUUAUUUCCGUCAGCUUUUCAGAACACUUCAUUGUGGUUUCCAGACAACUAAUAGCCACUUUCUUUCUUCAGACCAGUCAAAUAGUGAUCUCAGCAGCAUAUAUGGCUCUGACAAAAUUUCUAGUUUUGAGUCUCACGUCAGAGAUGAUUUUUCAAGAUUCUGGCAGUCAUCGCUUGAACUUAAUUCCAUUAUUUCACAACUAACAGAUAAUCAUGACUUUUCAUCAUCAGAACAAAGCAAGGCUACUGCUGUUCAUCACCAAGACAGACAGUGUACCUCCUUUAUCAAGGCCUCUGCUUCCAGUAAUUGCUGUGUUACCAUUCAGAGUUCACGGAGCACUAUUUCAUAUGAGGAUAAAAAGACUACAGCACAAAAGUUAGGUAAAGAGCUUGGUUUACAGACUAAUCAGUCAAAUACAGUACACAGUAGUCACCCUGAAAUUGGAAUUACUGACUAUGAUUUAUUUCUUUGGAAAACGCAAGAGCCCAUUGAGCCCAAAAAUAAAUCCUUCCACAGUACAAUGGAAAGUAGAUAUUCCCAGCGUGAGCUGACAUGUUACCAGCAUGAUGUGGAUGCUACCCUUAAUCUUCAGGAGAUAUCUACAUGUUUUCCAUCUUCAUCACUCAGAAUUAAAGAGUUAGGUACCACUUACCAGGAUGGUGACCUCGAGAUUUGGGAUGAUCUGCCGUUCUCUGAAAGCCUAAACAAGUUUCUGGCAGUUAUCGAAAAUGAGGUUGCUCUAUCCCAGACAGAAGUCAGUAGUAAGAAGAAUGACCUAGUUAAUGACAUCAGUAAAGUAUAUGAAGACGACAGCAGGUUAUCUGUACCUCCCCAAAAAACUGUGAGAGCCUUGCAUAUACCACUAAGAUCAUCACAAGCAAACUCUAGCAAAAAUAACCUUUCAAACUGUGAAGCAGAUCCAAGCUCUAAUGUUCAGGAGUCUCAACCAGAUAACACAGAGGCUGUCACUAUAAGAAAUAAUGCAAGAGAUACUUUCCUACCAAAUCUGUCAGCUGUACUUCCUUCUUCAAAAGGUUUAGAAACAACAGUCACUUUUCAGAAGUCUACCAGAAUUCCAUCAUAUAUGGCUGAAAUUUCACAUAAGCAUCAUAUGUCAGAAAGUGACCAUUCUUGUCUCGGUAGCAAAUAUUUUCAUGAUCAUGAAGAAAGAUCACUUUCAGAAGUGAAUGAAAAGCUGACAGUUUGGCAUUCUAAGGGGUAUAAUGAUAUUUCUGACCUUUGCAAUUUAGAAAAGAAACAAUAUUACAGAUGGGCAAAGAACCAAGAUGGUAGCUUUGCAAUUUGUCGGAAACUGACAUAUCCUUUAGAAACUCUUUGCAGUAGUCCAAAUAGAGGUAUAGAAACAUUGAAAGAAAUGCCUUAUGGACAUAUCAGCAAUAACUUAACGCAGAACUGUUCUAGUGAUGAAGGUAGCUACAAUGCUUCUGCCGAUCUCUUUGAUGAUAGUGCUAAAGAAAUGGACAUUGAAACAGAAAUGCGCAAAAAGUCAAGGAAUAUUUUGAUACAGUGGGGAAAGUCUUUGACAGAAAGUCACCAUAGAGAAUAUGAUUUUUCACUGGGAUCACUUUCUGAAAACUCUAACCAGUCUUCACAAAAGUUAUCCUUGCAAAGCAUAUCUAUCACUUCAUAUCCAAAAACAUGUUUUUCUCCAUCUCGUUUUCAGUCAGAUUCAGAAUGUGAUUUUGAAGAUAGUCAAGACUUUGUUCCAUGUUCACAGUCAACUCCAAUUGCAGGAUUCCACCAAACAAGAAUUCAUGGAAUAAAAAGGGCUUUUAAAAAAUUACCUGCUUUGUAUUCAAGUACUCAUACUAACUACAGUAAAACAAGGACUUUCUCUGACAGUAAACAGCAAGCUAUCUCCAACUAUCCAGAAAAUAUUAAAACACCCAGGCAGAAGUCCAUGAGUCCUAUAAUAUCUAGUAUCAGACAGCCAGUGGAUGUGAACAGCUGUCUUACUUGUGGGUGCCUUGAAACUGAUACCGAUGAAUGGGUCCCUCCUUCCACAGAGAAAAGAUUUCUUUCAGAAAUUCUUGAAUUGCAAACCAGGGGUUUGAGGAGGUGCCUUGCUGCCUGUAAUUCUCCUGUUUCAAAAGAGUUACCAAGAAAGAAACUGAAAUAUACCAAAGAAAGAACUAAAGAACAUUUAAUUAAGGAGUUAAGUCCAAAUUCAGACUGGAUUUCCAAAGGGUCAGUUUUAGGACUUGGUUCUUGUUCAGAAAUCAAGUGUUAUCUUCCAUAUUCAGAAAAUUGGCCAUUUUCAGUAUCUGAAAAUAAAGGUGCUUGGUCUCCUGAAUUAUUUUCCCAAAAAGCCACCUGAGUCAAUUGCUGGAUAUAUAAAGCUAAGUCUGUUUGGAAACUUGUACUCCAGUGGCUUAGUAAGCAUUCUUUCCAUUUUGAACACUUAAAAAGAAAUAAAUAGAAAAGAGGUACUAUCCCUUUUAAAAUGUUAUAAAGCCAUUUUUCCCCCUGUCUCUUCCAGAAUACUCCAAUUCGGUUAACUUGGCACUUUAUCCUGUAUGGUUGAUUAUCUUUAGUAAUAUUGUUAAUUUUGCUUGUGAGAAAUAUUUGUUAAAAACACAUGUACAUUUAAAAAUAAAACCUUUGCAAACCAAAAACAAAACUUAGUCUUAAUAGAUCAGCUUACACCAGAAAAUUCCUGCUAUAUAUUAAGCCACAUACUGUGUAUUACUAUGUAUUAAGCCACAUAUAAGUGCCCUUUGUUGUAAAAAUGCCUUCAACUGUUUUUGAAAGGGUGUGAAAUA